AUGGCGGGACAUGCCAUGCCAGCUAUAUGUGGUCCUUGCUUAGAAGGAGGUAAUAAGAAUCCAUCUGUGAAAUGGUGUACUAUUUGUGAAGAACAGUUGUGUCCAGGGUGUGUCCAACAUCAUCAAUCUUUAAAACUCACAAGAAAUCAUUAUUUAACAGAAAUAAGAAAUGAUGCUUCUUCUUCAUAUGCUACAGAAAACAAGGGAACAAUCCUAAACACACCUGAAACAUGCAUAAAUCACCCAUCAGUUGAAAUACAGUUUUAUUGCAAGAAACAUGAUAUUAUGUUAUGUGAUGCUUGCCUUGGUUUACAUCCGUCAUGUAAUAGUGAUAUAGUUCCUAUCGACCUUGCUUCCAAUGGGACAAAAAACUCACAAAAUUUCCACAGUAUUCAAACAGAAAUUACAAAUAUUUUACAAAGUUUCAGUGCUAUUCUUGCAAAUAAGCAGACAGUUGAACAGAUAUUUUCUAACGAGGUUUCUUCAGCAAAAAAGAAAAUUGAUGAAAUAAGACUAGAACUGGUUAGAUACCUUGAGGAAAUGAUUGAUAAAACAUUAUUGAAGGAUGUUGAAAGUCAAGAAAAAAAAGUUCUCGAUCAAUUGAUGAAAGACAAAACAGUUGCAGAAGAUGGACGAAAAGAAGCUGCUUGGUUCUUAGACGAAAUGUCUUCCAUACUGAGUAUUGGAUCAGAUAAACAAGCAUUUAUGUUACUGCAAAGAUUGAAAGCUUUCAAGAACGUAAGGGACCUACAAGUGAAAGAAAUGUCUUACAACAUGCAGGCAUAUUCGUUGAAAAUGGAACUCACUGAUCCAGUUGAAUUGUGUUCUAAAAUGGAAUUACUAUUUGGAAAAGUAAAUAUGGAGUCAACACCAUACAAUGUGAACAUGGUGCAAGGGAUGAAAAUAUCAGCUAUUUGUGCAACACCUGGCGAGUCAAUUAAGACUGAAAAAUUUGUAUCCAGUGUAUCAAUAAUGGACGCUGGUCAUCUUCUUGUUGUUGAGUUGAACCUUUUUUCAUCCUCAAAGGUGUUUUUAUUUAAUGAUGCUAGAGGUCAUAUAAGUGAUAUUAAAAUUCCAGGCUCACCAACAGAUAGCACUGCAGUUCCUGGUGGAAACAAAGCUGUUGUAUUAGUGGACAAUAAAAAACUUCUAUUCCUGGAAAAAGACGGUACCGGUACACUUCAUUGCAAAAAUAUCAUGAAGAUGGCAAAAGGUUGUAACCUUAUAACUGCCUCAUGGAGUAAAUUAUAUAUGGCUUAUAAAAGUGAAAUUAUUGUAAUGGAUAUCAAUGGUCAUGCUGUCCAGUAUUUGAAGACCCUUCAAAUGUCCGGUGGUCAGAUUCAAGCUUUAAGUGUUGGUAGGGAUGAUGAAGUGUAUUAUGCAAUUGCGGAUUGUUUAUAUUGUAUGAAGGAUUAUGGUGAGGAAGUUUUUCUAUACCAAACUCAAGAUUUGAAAGAUGUCUCUGGAAUUGUUCUUGACACAGAAGGAAAUGUUUACAUUUGUGGUAAGAAAUCAAACAAUAUUCAUGUCUUGAAACAAAAGGAUAGUUCUGCACAGGUUUUGUUGAGGGAAGGAGAUGUUCUACAGAAACCCAGUGGUAUUUGCUUUGACAAGUUCAGAAACAAGUUAUUUGUAUAUUACACAUCCUAUGAUCCUAUUCAAGUUUACAAUGUUACAAUGUCAUGA